AUGCCUAUUGGGUUUGAAGUGGCAUUCCCUUCGCUUAUUGAAAUUGCUCGAAAGUUGGACAUUGAAAUUCCAGAUUCUCCCAUUUUGCAAGAAAUCUAUGCCAGGAGAAACCUUAAGCUCACAAGGAUACCAAAGGACAUAAUGCACACAGUGCCCACCACGCUACUUCAUAGCUUGGAAGGAAUGGCAGAGUUGGAGUGGGAAAAGCUACUAACAUUGCAAUGCCCAGAUGGGUCAUUCUUGUUUUCUCCAUCCUCCACUGCCUUUGCACUCAUGGAAACUAAAGAUGAUAAUUGCCUCGGAUAUCUUAGAAGAGCUGUUGAAAAGUUCAAUGGGGGAGGUACGUAG